AUGAGUUGGCUUAUUGAACUGCUUGAACUUAACAGUCCCGACCCCCGUCAACGAUUGGAAUUGGGUCAACAACUGCUUUUUCAACUGCAAAUAUCCAAUCUCACAUCUGAUUCAAGAAUCUUAAAUGAUUUCUGCGAUCUGCUAGUUCAGUGGUUAUCUGGAUCAAAUCAUAAAGUAGCUUCAUUAGCUGUAGAAAUUAUGGAUAAAGCUGUCGAAGUGUCUGGGAACGUCUUUGGGUCUUAUUUGUUAGAACGAAUUACUGCUCUCGUAGAUCGUUUAGGUGAUGCCAAGCAAAACGUACGUGAUGCUAUGAUUCAUUUCCUUGCAAACUUUGCAAGGAAGGCACACCUUAGUCCACAAAAUAUUUUGGAUAAAAUAUCUUUUGGACUAAAUCAUCGCCAGUGGUUAAUACGUAUUGGUACGAUGAAUGUGAUCAAAAUAAUAAUCGAAGACUAUAAGCGUUCAGUAGAGCCUCAAAUAUCUCGAAUGACCCCGAAUAUAUGCAAAUUAAUGAAUGACCCAAACAUGGAUGUUAGAGAGGUUGCAAGUCGUACUCUUGUCGCUGCUUUCCUAAAUUUGAGCAAUCAAAUUUUAGAAAUGAUUCGUAGAAAGCAACUUAUUUCGGAACCUCGGUAA